AUGCGCGAAAAGACGUAUCCGCUGCUUUCGCGGCGACAGAUCGAGGACAUGAUUGCUCGAGGUCGACAUAUCUUCAUCGUCGACCAAUAUGUCUUGAAGGCAGACCCCUGGCUUCCAUACCACCCAGGUGGCGAUAAAGCCAUCAAGCACAUGGUUGGCAGAGAUGCCACUGAUGAAGUCACCGUUCUUCAUUCAGCCGAGGCCAAGGACCAGAUGAUGAGCAGGUACCGCAUUGGAAGGAUCGAUGGCAGGUGGACCAACUUCAUCCCGCCCAUACAAGGAGGGAAGUUCAGACUAUUAGCCGACGACGACGAAACCGCUGAGCCCGAUGAAGAUGAAGCAUGUGCCCCAGACUCGAGCCUGGCUAGUUCCCGGGACCCCUCUCCCGUGUUCGAUGCUGCUGACGAGGCCACCUUGCGAAACCGCCGCAACCCAGACGCACACCCACGCCCUUCGUCCGUAUCUUCCAUAUCCUCGGUCGAGGAGGAUGACGGCAUGUCCUACCUCGACGUCCAGACCAAGGAGAAGAUUAAUCUGGAUCUGGACAAGUAUCCAGCCUUGGACUUUACGACACAAGACACCAUCGUCCAGAAAUAUCGGGCCUUGAACGACAGAAUUAAGGCCGAUGGCUUGUAUCAAUGCAGUUAUCGAUCCUACGCCAUCGAGGCAACUCGGUACUCGCUCCUUUUCGGAACAUCAGUGCUCUUCCUGCAUUGGGGUUGGUACGCCCUGAGCGCCUUCGCUUUGGGCUGCUUCUGGCACCAGCUUGUCUUCUCAGCCCAUGAUGCCGGCCACAUGGGCAUCACCCAUAAUUUCCAUGUGGACACCGUCAUUGGCAUCAUUAUUGGAGACUUCAUUGGCGGCUUAUCCCUUGGAUGGUGGAAGAGAAACCACAACGUCCAUCACAUUGUCACCAACUCUCCAGAGCACGACCCUGACAUCGAGUACCUGCCUUUCCUCGCCUUUUCACACCGAUUCCUGGGCAAUCUACGAUCCACGUACUACGACCGCGUAAUGGAGUACGACGGCGUCGCCAAGGCCAUGGUUUCUAUCCAGAAGUACUCGUAUUAUAUUCUGCUGACCUUUGGGCGCUUCAACCUGUACAGGUUAUCGUAUGAGUACCUCUUCUGCAUGCAAGGCCCGCGCAAAGGUCCAGCAUGGUGGCAUCGCUAUCUUGAGAUCGUCGGCCAUUUCUUUUUCUGGAGCUGGUAUGGCUAUGGUAUCGUGUACAAGUCUAUUCCCACUGGUUGGGAUCGCUUCAUUUUCAUCAUGGUCAGUCAUAUGACCGUCAUGCCGCUUCAUGCUCAAUUGGGUCUUUCGCAUUUUGCCAUGAGCACGGCGGAUCUCGGACCGCACGAGUCCUUCCCUCAGAAGAUGCUUCGUACAACGAUGGAUAUCGAAUGCCCCCGUUGGUUGGAUUUCUUCCACGGUGGCUUGCAGUUCCAAGCUAUCCAUCACCUUUAUCCGCGCAUCCCGCGCCAUAACCUUCGCCGUACCCAGAAACUCGUGCAGGAAUUCUGCAACGACGUAGGUAUCCCUUACGCAUUAUACGGAUUUGUCGAUGGGAAUCAGCAGGUUCUUGGGAGGCUCGGUGAAGUUUCUCGACAAGCAGCAAUCCUGGCCAAGUGUCAAAAAGUACUUGCCAACGGCGGCAGUCCGCUCGAUCAUAGCCACUGA